AGAGAGAGAGAGAGAGAGAGAGAGAGAGAGAGAGCUCCUAAAACCCUAGCUCUUCUCUCUUUCGCAAUCGAUCUCGACCCUAAAACCCUAAUCUCCCAUGGCGGAGGCCGAUGGAGAUCCCCAAACCCUAGCCUCCGCGCCGCAGAUCCUGAAGCGGAAGCCCGAUUGCGAGCCCCUCGCGGACGCGGCGGCGGAGGAGGAGGGGAGGAAGAACCCUAAAGAGCCGCGCCCGGAGAUGAUGAGUACAGAGGACCAUGGGGGAGGCCACGGAGGAGAGGUCGAGGACGGAGUCGAGGAGGAGGAGGAGGAGGAAGGGGGGGAUGUGAACGGGAAGGGGAAGGGGGUGUUAACCGCGGCGGAUAAGGGGAAGGGGAAGAUGAUAAUGGAGGAGGAGGAAGGGGAAGAGGAGGAUGAGGAUAAGGAGGAGGAAGGGGACAUUGAGGAGAGCGAUGAGAGUAGUGAGGAGGGUGGUGGGAUCGGAGGAGAAGGGGAUGGGGAAGAGGAGGAGGGGGAGAGCGAUUUCGAGGACGAUCCCCUCGCGGAGGUCGAUCUCGACAACAUCUUGCCCUCGAGGACGCGGCGGAGGGAGCCGCCCCCACCGGGCGCGUACCUCGUCACCGACGACGAGGAGGAUGAUGAGUCUAGUGAUUAGAUGAUAUGAGGAGGUGGAAAUGAGGUAAAUCGGCGAUCAUGCCCUGUAGCUUUCUUGGAAAAACUCAAAAACUUAGGGGUUUUCUCCAAGCGGUAUGUGUUUUCCGUAAGUUUCCGUUACCUCUCUGUUCGUGCUGUUUCACUUUUUAUCGGAGAAACACUCCGCGUAGGACAUCUCUUAUAGGGCAUUAAAUGAGUAAUGUGCUAUAAAGCGGUGGUGAAGAUUCUAAUUUUGAUAUCGCACGAGGCUUAGCUUUUUAAUAUGUAUAGAUAACCUGUUGUCGAAACUGGUUUGGUAGCUUACAAGUUCUUCUGACUACACCUAGUUGGUUGUUGCAGCUUAUUUCCUGUGCUAAAAAUUGUUUGAUUGAUCUUUAUAUUCAUUUGGUUAAAGUAAAGGGAUUAAGGAUAAUAUGAUAUUUGGGCGAAAAUAUAUGGAUUGUCUCGGACUCUCGGUUCUUAUCUAUGUUCCGACCUCGUUCCUGUAGUUUCCGAUUGAACAUUUUAGUUCCUGAACUUUAACAUAUAUUUCAAGUAAUUAUAUUA